AUGGUUUGCCGGAUAGUGCUCCUUCUGCUGUUCUCAGUGAUGGUAGUACCAAACACUGCUUCAUCAGACUGGUGGGACACUCCAUGGCAGCACCACAAUGAACAUUUCGAAUCACACAACGAACUGUUCGACGAACAUCAUGGAUUAAAUGAAUUCCACGGCGGAUACCAUGAACUUGAUCAUGGAUAUCCUCAUCGAUGGGUCAGUUGGGCCUGGGAAUGGUACUAA